UUUGAAAAAUUUAAAAGUACAAAAAAAUUCUCGGAUAAUAAUAUUUGUGUAAUAUUGUCGAUUAUCGAAGAUUUUGCGACUGGUCAACCGAUGAUUUGAGAUGCCGCAAAACCAAAGGAAAAGAAAAACCAAGUCAGCUAAGAAUAAGGGUCAGACUGUACUGACCAAUACGAUGCUACUGAAAAGUCCAAAACAAGUUGCUGAUACUGAUACAAGCCCAGCAUGUGUUAAUGGUGUAACACAUCUUGAUGGCAACCCAAGUCCAUCACAUAAUAAUGACAGUGCAAGUCCAAAACAUGUUACUGAAGAAACAAAUCAUGCAACUUUAGAAACAGGUCAACAUGGUGAUGUUAUAGCUGAACUCAAAGAAGCUACACCUUUCCUAACUCCUGAAAGCACACCAACCAAAGAUCCAAAAUCACAAUCAAAUGUAGCAGAUGAUGUCAUAAACAGUCAAAAACGUCUCAUGGCGGCCCUAACUCCUAGUGAUAAGCCUUCUGGUGGUAAAAAGGGUCGCAAUGGAAAUGCAAGAAGAAAAUUGAAAAUUAAUGGAAUUUCAACUGAGGCACCAUCAGAAAACCAGACAAAACCAAAGAGUAGCAAAAAAAAGGACACAGAGGUGGUGAAAGACAACAGGCUUGUGACCGAUUAUUUCCCAAUACGUCGUAGUGGACGCCAGACAAAGAAAGAUAUACAGAGAGAGAAGCAGGAGUUGCUAGAAAGACUUGUACUGGAAAACUGUGAGGAUGGUCUGGAGGUAAAAGAUAUUAUUGGUAAAGGCCGAGGUGUGUGCUCAUCUAAAAAGUUUGAACGUGGUGACUUUGUGAUAGAAUACAAAGGUGACUUAAUAGAUCUCAGUACAGCUAAAGGCUUGGAGAAGAAAUACUCAGAACACUCAAACAUUGGCUGCUAUAUGUACUACUUCAACUUCAGGAAUAAACAAUACUGUAUUGAUGCCACUGCUGAAUCUGGUUAUCUUGGGCGACUGUUAAAUCACAGCUGUAAAGUGGACAAUUGUAUGACCAAGGUCAUCGCUAUAGACAACAAACCCUACCUCAUAUUGGUUGCUAAGCGUGACAUUGACAUUGGUGAAGAGCUGUUAUAUGAUUAUGGAGAUAGGAGUAAGGAGUCCAUAGCUGCACAUCCCUGGCUGGCAUUAUGAUCUUUCCUCAGGAGUUUGAUUAUUUUAGAAUCAGGGUAUUCCUUAAUACUGAAUGAAUACUAAAUAGCACUCUCUUCAGAUUUGAGAAUUGCAUGUAGCAAUGAGUUGCCUGACAAAGGCCUUUAAGAAAUCCAUAUUUUGAAAUCAAUGGAUCCCAUGAAAAGUCAGGUUUUCCAUCAAUAUUAUACCAGUGACAAGAAAUGAUAUGACAUCCCUGAUAUGAUAUGACAUCAAUUGAUGACAUGAUGCUCUUUCCUUGAAUUCAAGAUAUUGUUCAUCAAACCAUGAAACCAGCAAUUUGAAUAAACUGGAAAGAUUAAAAUCUUUGUUGAUUGAAAUUAAGGUUUUUGCUACACUGCUAAUGUUGCUAACGAAUAUUAUACAAAUAUUUAUGGAAUGCGUUAAAACACUGUUCAAGCUGCACCUUCGACCUUCGACUUAUUGGGUGUUCAGAAAUUAUUUAUAUUAUAAAAACCCUUUGACCUA